AUGAGCGACAAAACUCCUCUGCUCGGUUCAGAAGACACGAAGGGAUCCGACCUCAGGAUGGUUCUGGUUGGGAAAACCGGAGAUGGUAAAAGCGCAACAGGAAACACCAUCUUAGGCAGGGAGGUUUUCAAUAGCGAAAUGUCUUCUGCUACCGUAACCUCAGUGUGUCAGAAGGAAGUAGGACAAUUUGAAGGUCAGACCCUCUCAGUGAUCGAUACUCCAUGUCUAUAUGACACCUUUAAAACUGAGGAGGAGGUGAAGAUGGAGAUCUACCAAUGCAUCUCCUAUCUUGCUCCUGGUCCUCACGCGUUCCUGGUUGUGAUCCGUCUGGGCAGAUUCACUCAGGAGGAGCAAGAUACAGUCAAACUAGUAAAAAAGACCUUUGGAGAAAAGGCAGCUGAUUACACCAUGGUGGUGUUUACUAGAGGAGACGAUCUGGAGGAGGAGAAUGUCUCCAUAGAAAGCUUCAUUUCUACAAAUCCCGCUCUCCGGGCCUUCAUCAAUGGCUGUGGUGGAAGAUAUCUUGUCUUCAACAACAGGAGCAGCGAUCCGUCUCAGGUCAGAGAGCUGCUGAAGAUGGUCAACAGGAUGGUUGAGGUGAAUGGAGGGAGAUACUACACCAAUGACCUGUUAGAUGCUGCUGAGAAAGCAAUCAGGCAGGAGAUGGAAGAACUUCUGAGGAAAAACCCAGACAUGAAGGUCGAUGGAGCACGAAGAGGAGCUGAGAAGAAAAACAGGUUUCUGACAGAUCUAGAGGGUGGAUUUCUUAGAUUUCUUAGAAAUAAUGUGACUGUAGGAACUGCUGCCACUCUGGGUGUGUUAGCUGUAGCAAUGAUAGGGAAGAAGGCCUGUGCCAUUCAGUAG